AUGCGGACAAUAAUAAACCUAACAGCUAUUACAUUUGGCCUCCUUCACCAAAUAUUAUUUACAAUAGCCACCUUGACGGAUUUUGCAACCCAGUCUGCAGUGAGCGGAUAUAUUUGUGAUGACCAAAUUAUUUGGCGUCAAAAGGUGCAAGAAGUGGUCAAUCAUGCCAAAAUAUUGGUAGAGAAUUCAAAAACUUACAUGAAAUUUCCUUCACUAUUUGAAGAUACUAAACUAUUCAACGUUGGGUAUCAAAAUCUCUAUGUGGUUCCCAUCAGAAACUUUGAAUCCUUGGGUAGAGGCGGAUCGUCCGGAAUGGAUCGAAUUGUCAUCGAUAAAUUCGGAAAUUUUAUAAGUGUUGUGGCUUUAUUGAAAAGAGAAAUUGAUCCUUCUCCACCGACAUAUGCAAAAUGCAUACCAUUCCAAACAUACAGUAACUACAAUCAGGAAUUACAUACGGAAAAGACCAUUAAAAUGGCUGGGUAUGCUUGCGGUGCGAAUUUCAUAGGCGAUACAGUUCAAGAGUCUAUGAAACGCCAAUGUAAUAGAUUUGUUGAUAUCUUUGUAAGGUCUCGUGACCUGUCGAAAAUUUCAAAUAAGAAAAGAGUUGUAUUUUCAAAAAAUAAAGUUAGUUUUACACACAACAUAAGGAGAGAUUAUGAUAGUCAAAAUUUAAAAAAUUUGGUAAAAUAUCGAGUAGAAUUCACGUGGCAAUGCAGCUUGAUUCAACUAAGUCGAUUGGUCGAAAAAGAUUCGUCAGAAAAGCCAUGUAGAACCUUAUAUACCACAUCAGCAUUACCAGGAACCAUGACCAAUGAACCGUCGUUAAAUGAACAUGGCAAAUCUAUGGAAUAUGACAAAGAAGAAUACGCUUGUAACGACUAUUCAUUCAGAAUAGAAACUAUUCAAAAUUACAUUCUUGAAUAUCUAGGUCUGGAAAGUAAUACGUGGGGCCCAAUCAAUGAGAAUUUUGUGGUCAGAGUUUCGCCGGAUUUAACCCUUUUUAAUAUGAGAUUGUCAGAAAGGCAAAGUGCUGCUCGGAGUAUGCAUCCCCAGUUUGCUCUAGGCUUUGACGUGGAGAAUAGAUUUACCGGCUUGUAUUAUGCUUCGGUCAAAAGUAACUCUAGAGGGAUUUACAAAGUAUGUGAUGAUUUUAAGUAUUUAGAGCAACGCCUUCAAUAUUGGUGGACUCAAAAACGGAGUCUAUGA